AUGAAUAAAAUAUUCCUGACAAGUGGUUUCUGCGUUUAUAGCAAACUAAGUCUUAAUGGAUCAUGGCCGUGGAUGACAGUGCUAGGGUACUACAACAAAUCGAAAAAAGUCCUAAAAUGGCUCUGUGGCGGAAGUCUCAUUUCGAGAAAGCACGUACUCACGGCUGCCCACUGCGUGUACGGUCGCACCGACUUGAGAAUCGCCCGUCUCGGUGAACACGAUCUCCGCACCAACACCGAAGGAGCACAUCCGAUCGACGUCCAUAUUAAACGAGGUACCAUUCAUCCCAAUUACAAUCCGGUCACAGUCGAAAACGACAUAGCCGUGCUGAAACUGAGAGACGAAGUCACGUUUACAGAAGCCAUUCGCCCAAUUUGUUUGCCAUUGCUGGAGCCUCUGAGAAAUCUUGAUAUCACUGGAAGAAAUCCGUUUAUCGCCGGCUGGGGUGCACUUGAUUUCCGUGGAAAACAAUCUAGUGGAGUUCUACUUGAGGCACAAAUACCCGUGGCAGAUGAAGCGUCAUGCCGGCAAGCUUACUCAAGAAUCCCUCAAGAACUUCACAUUGACGAAAGGACGUUAUGUGCUGGCCACCCUCUAGGAGGGAAGGACGCCUGUCAGGGUGACAGUGGUGGACCUCUCAUGUAUCCGCAUCAAAAAACAUUCUACGCUUUUGGAAUAGUCUCGUAUGGCUUCAAAUGUGCUGAACCAACCUUCCCAGGAGUCUACACUAAAGUUUCGUACUUCCUUGACUUUAUCUUGGCAAAUUUGACGUAGAAGAAGAAUAUUAAAAUAGUAUAUGGCGCAAUUAAGGAAAAAAGUCAUGAAUACCCAGCUCGCACGAUCGGAAGGAUUUUUUAUUCACACAGAAGUCAUACACUCAUCACUGAUUAAAAAAAAAAAAAAAAAAAAAAGUCGUGGGUGGGCUAUAUUAUUAUAGCAUGUGAUCUGAGGCAUUAUUUACUUUUCCUCUCUUAAUACGGAAUGUACUAUUUUUUACCAUUAUGUAUAGUGACUAAAUGUUAAGUGUUGAUGUACUUUUAAAAUAAUUGUUUUACACAACUAAUAAUAACUAGAUGUGAGCAGGUACUCACAUUACAUAGCCAUUACACUCUCGACACCUAAAUUUCGAGUACCUUAAAGUUUAAGUCGUUCGAUACUAUUUGAGUAUGUAUUUGGGUUCGACUGGAACUCAAUAUUUCUCGAAUUGACAUUUUGAGUACUCGCAUUCCCUGAACAUUUAAAACUAUGUAGGGAGGAAUGCGGGAGAAUGUAGGUUAUCGAUUUCAAGUUUUUUGUCCUUUUUGCAUUUUAGUUUUAAGUUUAAGUGUUAGUGUAAGCCAUAUUUUGUAUAUUUUCAUACUUUUUAAUAGUACUCGGGAGUUGAAUAAAAAUGCGGACGACCA